UAAUUAGAAUGUGUUUCAGAAAAAUAUGUAACAGGUGAUGGUUUUUAUACAGCAGAGGGUGAAUUAUUAAUCCUUAUCUGGCCUGCGGACUAGAUAUUCUAUAUGAUAACAAUAAAAAGAAGUGUUUGCCCUUGGCAAAAAUAUGAAAUGCACCUCUGGGGAUCGACUGAACAAUGCAAUCCCCUGUGCAAUCAAACCAAAUAGUGUAAUAAACAACCGCCAUGUUGGAUCAGGAUUCCCGCCAGGCGCACAUGCCGCAACAGUAAAAACUAAUAUAACAUUAAACAGUGAUUACAAAAUCAAAGCAAACACUCAACAAAAUCUAAAUUAUAAGUUUGGUUCCAAGCACAAUAAUCAACCAACUGGACCAAUUCAGAACGGAACUGAAUUAGCUGUUUCUCCAUAUGGAUCAGCUGUUUCCCCGUAUGGAUCAGCUGAUCAACGAAGUGAGGGGCCCACCUACCAGCGACCUCCAGGGAUUCAAACGCUACAAGUUCCCGGAGUGCCAGGAGGGAGUCAAGGAGGUAGACCAGUGGUUUCUACAGCUGCUAGACGGGGAAAUAAUGUAGCUGCAUCAAAAAGAACAAGAUUUGCUCUUCAGGUUCAGAAACCUACAGGAGAGGAGUCAAUUGAAGGUACAGGGAGUAUGACCACACCCUCCCCCCUAGCUAGGAGUCUGUCUCCGAGAGGGCGGGGGCGGGGUCGAGGGGCUCCACCUCGUAGAUCACGAAGUCCAGGACCUAAACCCCGGAGUGCUGAGAGGGAUGGUGGACCAGGAAAUCAGCUACAAGGCUCACAGCUGGUUGCCUCCGAUACCAGGCAUGUUGAUCAGAGGAUCCCAAUAAACGGGCAAUCAGCGGAUGAACUUCGUCCUAGUAACGGUCAACCUCGAGGUCCUCAGGAACCCUGGCGACCUCCGCAAGGGGAUAUUAAUCCAGCCUCAGACCUCGAGGCAUCUGGUUGUAGUCCUAUAACUCUGGAGUAUGCUGAGGACCUUCUACUUUUAGCUAAAAAGGGUCGAAGUAUUGGUGUCGAGGUGUGUGAUGUUGUAAAGACUAGACCUGGUGGAGGGUUUGUUUACAUAUUUCACAAUCAGGACAAACCUUAUGCUUGGAAGGAUGAGGACGGGUAUAGUUGGGUACAAAUUCUCCACCAGAUGUCUCUGCAUACUGCAAAAGGCAAUGCGUUGGACUACUACCACUUCUAUAUAGAGCUACCAGGCAGAAACUCAGAUAGAACUAGAUCCAAUCCAAGCUUCAGAAAGGAAGCCUACAAGCUUGAUGAUUUUACGCUGGUUGCGUAUAUAGGAAAAAGUGAUAUAGUUGAGAGGAGGGAGAAGGGUUCAGGUUCAGGUUCAGGUUCAAGAAGAGAACUCACUCCAAGUACCAAUAAUAUACACAAACAACUCCAGGGUUUGAGUCAAGUAAGCGGGCUAUCUCGUGAUCAGCAAAUAGCUCAGCUUUUAGAGGACAAGAGUCGGUUGACAGAGGAUUUGAAGAGGCUGGCAGGGGACCAAGGGACAGGGAAGAGGCUUGAAGGGGUCCAAGGAGGCCAAGGGGCUGGCUUAGCUUCUAUAAACAGGAAUGGUGUACAAGGUGUUGGAUACAGCACUGUAGCAGGACCCCUGAGCUGUAUAUAA